AUGAGAGUCGAUGUAAACGUAUCAGUUAAUGGUGGGCAACGAUGUGAGAUCAAGAACUUGUUCAGUACAAGUGCAGUCGUCCAUGCUAUCAAAGCCGAAUUCGAGAGACAGAAACGAGAUAUUCAAAACGGAAAGACUAUCGAGCCUGAAACCAGAGGUUGGGACGGCAAAAAUACCUGGAAGCUCCGAGGCAAAGAAGAUGCUGUCGACUAUAGAUACAUGCCAGACCCCGAACUGAUGCCGAUAUCAGUCGGUCCAGAAAUUGUCGAACAGAUUAAACAACAACUUCCCAGACUGCCAGACGAUAUUUUCCAAGAGCUGCUGAAACCGCCCUUUUCCGUGCCAGUUGUAGAUGCUCGAACGAUGAUGGCUGGCAGCAGCACUAAACUGGUAGAAUAUUAUUAUAAAGUCUACAACGCAUUCAAAGCCAAUGGUGGUACGAAACCAUCAGUGAUCUCUAACUGGAUUGUGCACCGACUGUUAGGCGAGUUGAACCAGAACAACAAACAAUUCGACGAGAGUGUAGUACCAGCGACAUUUUUAGCGGAUCUCAUGGUACGAGUUGAGAAAAAGAAGAUUACCAAAACAUCAGGAGCACUGAUUCUGAAACACGUAGUAGCCAAUGGAUUAGAAACCAAUCAGACCAUCGACGACCUGAUAGACCAGUUCGAUCUUGGCAAAGCCGAGGACUCUGCCCAAGACGUCCAUGUCGCUCUCCAAACCGUGUGUCAAAAAGUCAUUGCCAAACACCCGGACGUCAUUGACCGAAUCAAAACCAACCCCAAAUCCAUCAAAUUCCUCGUCGGCCAGGUAAUGCGUGAAUUCCAGGGCCGUGUCGACGCAGCCUCUAUCGAGUCCAUGCUCAAAUCACUCCUAUAG